GAACCAUCACGACAUCUUUACGCAAUCAGAGGACAUUGUCGACCAGCUGAGAGAGAGACCGUCAGGUUUAACAGUGAAAUGGCUGCUCUUAUUAUCCGUUCCUUGUCUCAAACUACUCGCCGUGGUGUACAAGUCACUUCGGUUAGGUUUGCAAACAAGAUGAUGGCAGACCCACUUGAGCAUGCCACUGGAUUGGAAAAGCAGGAGUUGAUGGCGAAGGCUGCGGGCAAUGAUAAUCCCUUUGACAUGAGAGUAUACAAGCGUAUAAGUGGCGAUCAGACAAAUCCAACUGUUGUUCCAUCUUUCUAUGAGAAGCGACUUGUUGGAUGCAUUUGCGAGGAGGAUGCAACUUGUAUCAACUGGAUGUGGCUAGAAAAGGGUGACAAGAAGCGAUGUGAAUGUGGCUACUGGUUCCAGCUUGCAGAUGCUAAACCCAUGGUCUAAUUCAGAUAAUUGUGGCAGUUUGUGCUACUAAACCAUGUAUGUAUGGAAUGCCUGUAAUGAUAUGGAUCUACGGUGCAGUUGAAUACCAUUCCUUUUCAUGAGAUGUUUCCUUGUACAUAUGCUGAACUGUGGGAUUACUCAUGAUAAUCUGGGGGGCAUUCAGGUUAACCAGUAAGAAAAUUCACCUUGAAAAAUUGUAUUUAUACAUGUAGAAAAAUAAGUGAAAUAAACCCAAAAGAUGUCCUUCA